GGCCAGUUGGUGUUGUGCAAGUGGCUUCUUUCAUCCAACAUGGCGGCUCACCUACGUGUCAAACAGGCAGCAUGUGUUGCUAUUUUAAUAUGUUUUCAAGUCACAUUUGUCCUUGGAGUUGGACGACGUGACGAAGGUUUCAUAAAGGAUACAGGUAAACUGAUCAAAAAUGAUUUUAAUAAGGUAAGAGACAGGUUAAGAAGGGAAGGUGAUGUCGGAGCCGGGCGGUUCGAUGGAACCGGACGCCGACGGGACGCGAGGCAGGCUGCCGCAGGCCUGGGAGCCGAUGCUCGGGUGCCCGCUGGAGCAGGUGUGAACUUUCAGCAGCAACAAUUUCAAGAUCAAGCUCAGUUGCGAGGCAGGCCUGUACCGAACCAGUUACAGAUGCAAAUGAAUGAGAGGAACCAGCAACUUGCAGCUAAUAAUAAUGCUUUUCAACCACAGCAGCAGGCUGCCAAUUUGAACAAUUUUAGGGAUCAACAACAAGGCCAGUUUCAACAACAACAAGGCCAGUUCCAACAACAGCAAGGAGCACAACCACAAGGACAAGGUGACUUGGGCCAAGCUGCAGCUUACAAAAAUCCUUUGAAGAAAGCAAUCAGAUCUAAAGCUGUUCCUUUGAAGCCAGUGAGGAUAGCUGACCAUCCAGCCUGCAUUGCGGAUGUUCAACAUAUUUGCCCAAGAAAAGGAAAUAAUUUUGCAGUUCUUGACUGUUUGCAAAUGGCAGAUAAUGAUAUAUCAGCAGACUGCAACCAUUUCCUUUGGAAUUAUAAGAGGAAUUUGACGAUGGAUUACCGUUUUGACAACGCUGCAUCUGAAGUAUGCAGAGAGGACUUGGGAAAGUUAAAAGACUGCAAAGAGCUUGAGAGCGGCAAGGGUCAGGUUCUUCCGUGUCUCCUUGACCACCUGGAAGAUAUCGGCAAUGACCAGUGUACCCAGUACCUCAACAGAAUGAAACAGAUCAUCUUCAGCGACUACAGGCUCAUCUCCGGUUUCUUUGAUACCUGCAAAGGAGACAUUGAACAUUUUAAGUGUGGUGUUGUCAACGAAGAUGGGACUCCUCCGCAAAACAAGCCCCCACUGCCUCACUCUCAAGGCGGCACUAUCCAUUGCUUGGAGAAAAACAUCCAGUCACUUGAGGGCGCCUGCAAGCUUCAGAUCCUUCGCGUUGCUGAGCUCUCCGCCAACGACUACCACGAGGACAGGUCUCUCUAUUUUGCGUGCCGGGAAGAUCGGGAGAGAUUCUGCGCCAAGACUCAUGCAGGGCAGGGCAACAUCUACAAGUGUCUCAAGGAACACAAGUUUAAUCCAGAGAUGAGUACAGAGUGUAAAGAGAAACUCACUACGAGGCAGAAGGUGGUCGCCCAGGAUUACAAGGUGAACUACAGGCUACAGCGUCGAUGCAGGAAAGAAAUAGAACAAGCUGCCUGUGGUGAACUACCAGCAUCAGCCAAAACUAAGGAGGUUAAGUUGGCUGAAAUCUUGCUUUGCUUGGAAGAAGCUGGCAAAGGAGGAGCCAAAUUCUCCGGAGAAUGCCAGGCGGAGUUGACAGACACACGUAAGGAAAUCAUGUCCGACUACAUGAUCAACCCAGAGCUUGUCAAGGCGUGUUCCAGCGAGAUCGAGGACCAAUGCAGAGGGUUGAGACGAGAGGGCAAGACUAUCCAUUGCCUCAUGGCACUGGCUAAGAAGGGAGAGAUGUCCCCUCAAUGCAAAAAAGGGCUGUCUACGCUUGUGGAGGAGGCGGAUGCUGGUUCAGACUACAGGAUAGACCCUGCUCUUCAUAAAGCUUGUAAGGAAUCCAAGGAUGCUCUCUGCCCCAAGAAGUCAGAUGCUGAAACAUUGUCUUGUUUGAUGGAAAAUAUUGAAGAUAAUCAGAUGAAGGAUGUCUGUGCUGAGAAGCUUCUUGAAAUACAAUAUUUCAUCUCCAGAAAUUUCAGGCUUGACCCUGUCCUGUUUAAAAACUGUGAAUCUGAUGCAAAUAUAUACUGCUACGAGCAGAAGUGGAAUGGAAAAGAAGGAACUCCCAGUGGACUUGUAUUUUCUUGUCUUCAUCGUCACCUCCAUGACCACCAGAGCCCGCUGCAAUCGCGCUGUGCCGACCAAGUCCACCGUGUUCUGCGCCAGAGGGCUGUGAGCGUUCACCUCAACCCAAGAAUAGAAGAAAACUGUAGGGCCGAUCUAGGCAAGCUGUGUAAUGAAAAGACCAAGAGAGGAGAGGAGUUACGGUGUCUCCAAGACAAUCUGGGUGAACUAGUAGAGAAGUGCAAGCAAGCCGUUGGUAACUUCACUGUUGAAGAAGCUGAAGAUGUCCAGAUGAACAGAAAGCUCAUUGCUGCAUGUGCUCCUAUGCUGAGGAAAUUCUGUCAGAGUUUUCAGGAUAAGUUGAAAGCUAAGAGAGUUGAUGAAGGAGAAGCUCUGAAAUGUCUAAUAGAACACAAGAAUGAUGACGAGAUGGAAGCUAAAUGCCAAGCAAGCAUUGAACACUUUCAACUUGUUCAGUUGAAGGACUACCAAUUUACCUUCAAAUUCAAGGAGAGCUGUCGCAAAGAUGUGCUCAAACUGUGUAAAGGAAGCCGAGAUAAACCUUCCAUCAUCAAUUGCCUUAGUUCAGCCGUGCGGGACAGUGUCUUAAAGCAAAUGGAACCACCAGUAGAUCCAGAGUGCCGCUCGCAACUCAAGUUUGAACUCCUCCAGAGGGAUGAAAAUAUCAAGUUGGAUCCCGAGCUAAAGAAAGCAUGCGAGAGUGAAGUCCGAGAUCUUUGUCCCAAGGUGACCCAGGGAAAUGCCAGGAUGAUGGAGUGUCUGCGGUCCCACCAGGAACAACUGGGCAACGACUGCCAUGUCAAGGUCUUCAACAGGGAGAAAGAAAUGGCUGCCAAACCCGACAUCGAUUAUGCUCUCAUGCACUCGUGCAAGAAAACCAUCAAGUUAAAGUGUAAAGAUGUUGACCCUGAUAAAUUGAUUGACUGUCUUAAAGGUCACAAGGAUGAUCCAGAUACAGAACCAAGAUGUAGGAUGGUCCUAAACAAACGCCAGAUGGAGCGCAACUCCAACAUCCAGCUGAAUCCACAGUUGCGUAAGGCCUGCAAGUUGGAUAUCCCCAAGUUCUGCAGGGACAUCAACGAAGAAGUGAACAGGAACCCUACCACCAUGGAAGGAAAGGUCAUCGCAUGCCUCAGGGGAGAGUUCUCCAAGAGACAAGCUAAAUUGAGUCCAGCCUGUGAGCAGCAUAUAAGUGGACUUCUGAAAGAAGGCGCAGAGGACUACCGACUGGACCGUAACCUGGUCAAGUACUGCUCCACCACCAUCAAGGAGAAGUGUUCGGAGGAGAUGGAUAACCCAGGCACCGGUAGGGUGGAGGAGUGCCUCAAGGCUCACCUUGGUGAGAUCAAGGAUGGAAAGUGUCAGCAGCAAGUGGUAGGUCUAUUCCGUGAGGGCUUAGCUGAUAUCCAUGUUGAUCCUCUACUUUAUAAGGCCUGUGCCUUAGAUAUCAAGCAUUACUGUUCAGGAAUUCCGCAAGGACAGGGACAACAAAUGUCGUGUCUGCUAGAAGCUUUAGAUGAAAAAGCAGUAAGAUUACAACCUGACUGCAAGAGGAUGCUAAGUGAAAGAAAAGAAAUGUGGGAAUAUGCUGCACAGGUGGCACCCGCUUUAAAUUUCUUCGACCUUUACAAUCAGAUACGAAACUCCCCAUCCCAUAAUUACUUUGUGAUGGUUUUCCUCUCCUUCGUGGGGGUUCUCUUUUUCUUCGGCCUGUGCUGCGGACGUGUCACGAAGCGGGUUAGACAGGAAGUAAAAAACAAAUAAUGAUGGGCCCCAUUCGGCUUCCGCGCAACCAACUAGGAUGGAAUUCCAGAUUUGGAACUGUUUUGUGUGGAAUACGCGUGAAAGUACAAGAUCAUCCUUUUUCCCAGAGAGUAUAUAUGUCCGUCGUUUGCUCUCAGUUUUCCAUCUUUAUUCUGUCUCUGUCUAUCUCUGUCUCUCUCAGGACAAGCCGAUUGGCUGACACCCCACAAAAAAUGUUGCCAUAAGAUUUGCUGCAGACCAUCUGUGGUAUAAAACCUCUGUCCUAUCUGCAUCUAUCAUUUUGUGUUAUUUUUAUCACUUCUCUUUUAGUCCUCAUUUCUCGCAAAGUUAUUCUUCUUUGUAAUAUUAGAAGACAAGCUUCAUUCUUUUUUUGUUUGAUUCAUUUCUAGGGCCUGUUUCAUAAAACUUGUUAUGAUAGCAAAUUUGCAGUAACAACUUAAAGCUACUGAAAUCUUUCAAUUUUAACUGGCUGAUAGUGCACGUGUUAAGGAAAUUGUGCAUAACAAGUCUCUAUGAAAAUGGAUCCCAGAAGUAAGUGUGUCAUCCCAUACUCUGUAUGGCUCUGCACAUACUGGUGUACAAUUCUUCCCCCCAACGAUAUAUAAUUGUAACUAUGGGUUAGGAUAUCAAUCAAAAUGUUUAGUUAAUGAUCAUUUUAACAUGUUAAUCAGACAUUUUUUGGUGUUCUAUUGUAUUAUUAUUUUAUUUUGGGGGGAGGCGAGGGGAAAUAUAUUUCAAACAGUGUUUAAUGAGAUUAUUUUGGUGUCUACAAAGAUGGUUUCAGAGGAUACGUAUAACUUCUUAAAGAUGUUUAUUUUUUUCAAUAUAAGUAUUUCUUGGUUUUCACUUCAUAUUUAUUUGUAAAAGUAAUCAUUUACAUUUAAAAGUUGAAAUGACAGCUGUGAAAUACACAGAGGAAAACAAAGCUCUACAAAAAGACCAAUUUUACCUUUAUGAAAAAAUAAUCACUAUUGGAGAUGAAUUAUUUAAAGAUCUUUUUAUUUCCCAGUUGAAGCAAGAUAAUUAUUUGUAUCUCUGUACUAAGAGAGAGAGGCAAUAAUUGUUUAGAACUAAAUUUUUACCGAUGUGUUAAAGUAUAGUUCCUUCCUGAAUUAGAACAUCAAAGAAGUUAUUUCAAAUCUCAUUUUAACUUAUGACCUACAUAGUCAGGCAUUGGGGGUGGUUCUUUUUGACCGGUACAUUUGACCAUUUGACAUUUUAUACUGGUGAGAGGGCUCAUAAAGAACAUUGCUUUGUCAUCAUUCUGCAUCUUGCAGAUGCUUCUUCCCCCCCCCCCUCUCUCAUUUUACAAAUUAGGGUUAUUGUUUUGUUAUUUAUAUUUAAAAAAAAAAAAGGCUCUCACAUUCAGCAAAUCAACAUUAUUAUUAUCUAUAUCUAGUAAGAUUUGGUGUAAAUAUUUCUUCUAUAGGACUUAAAUUUGUACAGAAUUAUAUUCCCUGCACCUUAUAUUGUGGUGUGUAAUGGAUAGCUGAAAAAAAAGAAGGGGGAGGGGAGGACAAGGUGUGUAGCCAGGAUAGAAUCAUAGCCAUUUUGUAGAUUUGUAGAUUAAUGGUAGAUAGUUUUUUUUAUACAAAAAAAAUCAAUAAAAAUGGAGAGCUUGUUUGAUCGUUGUUGAAAUAUAUUUUUAAGGAUGUGUCAUAAAGUGGUGUAGGUGUCAUGUUUUAAUUAUUUUACAUACUUUGAAAAGUUUUGAAUAGGCUUGAGUUUGGUUGAUCGUUCAUGCUGUGUAUGCGUCAUGUUUCAUACUGUUGAAGUCUUGUGACGUUUACUUUGUUCAAAUGAGAGAACCAGGGGCCUGUCUUACAAAGAGUUACAAUUGAUCCAAUCAAUUGUAACCCUAUGGAAAUCCAUCACUCAUAAUUUUUUCUGUAGGAUAUUGGCAAAAGGUCCUUUGUAAACAAAGAGAAGUGAAUUUUCAAGAAAACAAUGAAUGCAUGAAUAUACAUCAUGGUUAGAAUAUAUUUUUUGAUGUUGACGUUGCUGGCUGUCCAUAGUUGCGCUUGAUCGGAUCAGACGUAACUCUUUAUAAGACAGGGCCCAGAUCUGUAUACCCUAUGCCAAUAUUUUAAUAUCUGUUGUGAAGAUAAUUUCAUUGUCACAAAUAUGUCUAUGAAUGAUAUACAUAUAUAUUACGUACUUAAAAAUUUGUCACUUUCUUGUGGACUGAAGAAUGUAUCAUGAUAUACAUUGAUUGGUCUCUUUCUUGGAAAGUGCUAACAUUGUCAUAACUCUAAUGGCAAGCCAGUAUAGAGGACAGAAGGCCAUGACUCAAAGACGGUGAUUUAAGCGACGCUUAAUGAUUUUCUUGUCUUGUUGAAAAUUCAGCCGAUUGAUUGAUUCUAUUUCUGAGAAUGAAAAAAGUUUGCUAUUAAGCCAUGAACAUAAGCUAAACAAGAUGCUUUCAUUUUGGGUAAUGAAGAGUUUUGCAUGGAAGAAAAUGACUGAACAUCACUUUUCUCUAAAUCACUGUUUUUUAGUUAAGGCUUUCUGUCAAUACUCGCUAUCAUGUCUGCAUCUAUGUACUGGACAGAAUAUUGGUAAUGACUUGACGAAAAAAGUGCAAUGCUAUAAGUAUCUCUUUUAAGCGAUACAAUGAACUUUGCACUUUUUACAAGAUUUAACAUGUGGCAUUGUAGAAAAUUGCGAUUAAUUGCAAGUAAAAUACAAUCAAUCAUAAAUCUCUUUGAAUUGAUUGCUAGUCUGCGCCAUUCAACAGGUAUGGAUUAAUUUUCUGCUUGAGUUGAUCAGUCACAAUUUUUUUUUAGUUGAUAAUUGCCAAUGUUGCUUGCAUCAGCCUUUAAUCUUUAUGAAAUCAUUACGCACCCUCCAGAAAACACUCUCAUACACUCCCCACACACACACACAUUUAGACUAGGCAUUUCUUAUGGGAGCAUAAAUAUCAUGUAUGGUUAUUUAUAAACAUACACUUUAAUUCACUGAAAAUUUAAUGUAACAUCACCUUGUAUUAUACACAUAUUGUCGUCUAUGUGUUUUAGUCUUUAUGAUUAUAAUAUUAAUCAUUCUCUUCAUUAGGGGAAUGCUUCACUGUCGUGUAAAAGUGCUGUAUAGCCGAGGAAUAUGUAAGAAUUUAAGUUGUUCAAUUGUAUGUAUGAGCCAUAGUCAUCAACGCAUUUUAUUCAAAGUCAAUUUCCUUUCUAGAUUAUGAGUUUCAUUUUCAGUCCACUCUCUUUAAAUGUAGAAACUGUAUAGUAUUGUAUUUAAUCACGACUGAGCCUAUAAAUGGCAUUUCUCAAAACAUCACUCUGUUUUUUUUUUCUGUAAAACAGUUGUGAUUGAAAGUUAUAUAUAUUCAAAUUUGGUCUUAAUACAUUCAGAAAUAUUUUGAAUUUACAUGAUUUUUAAAUUAGAGAAUUGUGUUGAAAGAAGUGUAUUUGUGUUAUGAUAUGUAAUGAUACUUGUAGACAAAAUGCUAUACCUUACAAAAUAUAUUUUUGAUAUAUUUUCUGAUUUUCUCUGGCUUCUGAAACAUAUUUAAUCUCUGUAAUCUAUAUUUUAUUUGCUUUGUAUUAUUAUUAUGAAGUUUCUUUUGCUGUAUAGGUGUUUUUCUGUGAUUAUUUUGUUGCGGAAUGACAUUUCACUACAUGAUAACCACAAUUACUUUGAGCAGAUUACCAGCAAAGUUUCCGCCUUGUUCAACACAAGAGGUUUUUGUAUUGUCUCCUUCCAAAAACAUUUAAAAAAAAUUAUACAACAGCAAAUAUGAUAUUUCUGAUUGAAGUAUUAUUACAAUGUAUUUUAAUAUUAUAACGUAUAAAUGCAUACAUUUUUGUUUCCUUUCUGCUUUCAGAAAAAGUAAUUGAAUAAUGAAUGAAGAGCAAGUAGCUUAUUUUUUUUUGAAAUAACAAAAGAGAGAAUUAAGGCAAUUAUUGAUUAUGCAAAAUAGAAAGAACUUUGGAACAUUGGCAUUCCUUUAUAACACUAAGAUAAAUAAAAAUAGAGUGUUUAGUGAAAAUUGUUCGUUUCGGCUGACUUCAAUGAAAUAGUUUUGCAUGUUUUUAUCAAUUUGUUUGUAUGGCAUAUUUUGGGUUACAAUUGUAAUGAAAUAAGAUUAAAAUAGAAAUCAAUGAUUUUAUAUCACCUGUUUUAAGAUUUGUUAUAUAUUUGUUUUAUAUUACCCCCACCUUCUCUGUGUGUAAUAGGAAUAUGUUGAUACACAGAAUUGUUCAGUGACUGUCUGAGACAAACAUCUAACCAAUACAAGUUUCAAAUCUUUCCACAAUAUUCAAAUUUACAAUCUUUGGACCGUUAUUCUCGAAAGAGGUUUCAAUUGUACCAUGGUACUAAACCAUGAACUAUCCAUUUCUUUCAGUGUUUUUUUUUACAUAAUCUCUCUUAAUUCAUCACACGCACUAAAAAAUAUGCAAUCAAAUGCAUGCCUUUGGGAAAGAGCGCUAAACAAGGAAUCAUGAUCAUACAAGAAAUCUGCAUAAACCAUGGUUGUGUAUCACGGUACAAUUGAAAUCUCUUGAGGAUAUGGGCCUUUAAGUCAAAUUAAUAUAUGAUUAGGAAUAUACAUAAUCAUGUUUCUCACUUUAUACAGAUGAAGAUUUAAUAUAUAUAUAUAUAUAUAUACUUUGAAUCCCUCAAAUACAAAUAAUUCAACCUUUUUAAAAAAACAAUAUGAAAAAAAGGCCUCUGUUCCGGUGAAUUGAAGUAUAAGUAUAUUAUUGAUAAGAACUUGAAACACUUCUUUAGCUCACCUUGUGCGCAAUAGUUUGGAUAUGAUUUUAGUUCUUUUCAAAGAAAUAAAUAUAUAUAUCGUCCUUUCACAGUAUGCAUAAUGAAAUGAUACAAUGAAUUGUUGGACAGAUAUUCAUUUAUUAUCUUUUCUUGCUUAUGUAGUUAGUUGUGUUCAUGUCACUGCACUUUUUGCUAGCAUGUAUUCUAAUGAAACUUAAUUCCUAUAGAAUAAUCAAAGGGUGCUACCCAAUUAGAGGUCUAUUUUUUGGCACUCUUUGUGUAUGGGAUUUAGCUGAAUAAGCAGAAUACGAAUCUUUGAUUGUAUUUAAUUUUUGUCUUGAUUUUGAUUUUCUGUAGAUGGUGUGAGUUUUACUAUGCAUCUUUUGAUUGUCUGUCAAUUGUAUAAUUCCAGAAUGAUAUUAAUGAUAUCUAUGUACAAUGUAAUAAAUGAUUUUCCUAUUUCCAAAAGUAA